AUUGCCCGCCAUAUUCGAAUUUGGCAAGAAGUUUCUUUCGGUCUGUACGGUGUAUAAGGAAUUAAGGAUUAUCGAAAUGGUGAUUUCUUGUUCCGCUUUCAAGCGUACGAAGCGAUGGAGUAAGGAAAGUGACUUACCAUUUCACAGGUUUCCUCUAAAGCACCCAGAGCUGCUAAAGAAGUGGAUUACUUCCGUGAAGCGGAAAGAUUUUAAACCUACGUCUUGCAGUUUUCUUUGCGGAAACCUUUUCCGGCAAGAUGAUUACGUAGUGAGCCCUGGAACGUGGAAGAAACGUCUCAGACACGAAGCAGUGCCAUCAAUUUUUGACUUUCCGACACAUUUGAUGCCACCAAAUAAACAGCCACGACGACAUGUUAGGAUUUUGAGUGACAACGAUGCUUCUCCAUUUGAGCGUUGUGUCCUGGAAUCCGUGCUUGAUUUGCCCUCUGCAGAAGCUACUGACUGCGUGGAGAAUUUUGUCAAUGAGAAUUCUUCCGUGGAAAGCAUGUCCCAUUUAUCCAAUGCAGAAGCUGCGAAUUGUGUCGAAAUCAGUGCAGUUGGUUCUCAAGUAAUUGAUUGUGGUAUACAGUCGAAAGUAGAAAUGGAAGACAAGGCGACCAAAACUUGCAAUUUUUUCUCAGACAUUGUGCACGAAUUAAAACGUUAACUGAAAUGUGAAGUGUGUCCGUGAAAAACUUCGAAGAAGAGAGAAGAAAGUGUUUUCCAUGGAUGACAUCAUAAGUUCAUUGAAGGAGAAGGGGCAUCUUCCUGAGAAGUUACAUAACUUCUUCAAUCAUCAGAAAGGAACACAAGUGGAAUUAGUGUGCAAUUUAGUGGACAACUCUCUCUCGUCAA